GUUAAUUCAGAAAUCAUCGAGAAUGUGUAGUUGUUAUUUAAAAAUCGUGUUAGCCUUGUUAGUAUUGGUUGGCUAUUGUUCUUGUGAAGUUAGUACCAACAACAACUCGAAUUUUGUGGAUAUUUUGUUAAAUUUUGUGGAAAAAAAUGUCACGGAAAGUUUUGAUUCAGAAAAUUUUACUCUACGAUUUGAACUGCCAUGUGACACACCAAACAAUGAAGUUGGAAUCUGUGUAGGAAUAAAGAGUUGUAAGGUUUUAAUGAAGGCCUUAUACAAACCCAAUGCCAAAAAAUUUUUAAUUGCUUCAAAAUGUGGAGAUCCAAGAUAUGAUCAAACAAAUCCAAAAGUUUGUUGUGGAAAAUGGGGACAUUUUGUUAGAAACCCAGAAAAAAUGCCUUACAUGCCGAACGGUGAAAUUCCACCAUACAAUAUUCAACAUUCAACGCUUGCACCUGCGGAUGAUCAAAUAAUUACAAUUGAUAAUAAAUUUAUGGAUAAUUCAACCACAUUUCAAGAGAAACAUACGGAGGUUCACGUUAUUGAUAAUGAUAUUAAUCCACUUCCAAAAAAAUGUGGCGUUCAAAAGCAUAUUAUGGGUGGUAGAAUAUUUGGUGGAGAAGAAGCCGAAUUGGGGGAGUUUCCUUGGAUGGCACGAAUCAUACAUGAAAACGAUUUUGGAUACAAAAAUUUUGGGUGUGCAGGAUUCUUAAUUACUUCUAGAUUCGUUAUGACUGCAGCUCACUGUCUACUUUCAGAUAAAAUAGCAAUAAGAGGAAAUAUAUCAUCUGUAUUGCUUGGCGAACAUAAUGUAAAACAUGAAAUAGAUUGUACAAGAUUAAACACUACUUGUGCUCCUCCAACAGUAGAAAUAAGAGUACUACAGCAAAUAGCAAAUCCACUUUAUGAAAUGCGAUCCAAAUCUCAUCCUCAUGAUAUUGCACUAUUGCAUUUAGCGAAACCCAUCACCUUUUCAGAAUAUAUACAACCAAUAUGUUUACAUACUAAACAAAAUUAUGUGGUAUACAACUAUUACGUCAGUGGUUGGGGAAAAACCGAAGCUCGUGAGGUUUCCAAUGUAAAGAUGAAAUUGGAGUUGCCCAGAUAUGACCAUAAACCAUGUAUAGCCAAAUAUAAUCAAAUUGGCUUGGAGAUCACUGAUAAUCAAAUUUGCGCAGGGGGUCUAAAAGGAAAAGACAGCUGUACAGGGGACUCAGGUGGACCAUUAAUGAUGUCUCCAAAUGGAACGGUUUGGUUUGCUGCAGGUCUCGUUAGUUAUGGAGUUGGAUGUGGCAAAGAAGGAUGGCCAGGAGUUUACACAAAUAUUCCAAUGUAUUUAUCAUGGAUUAAAAGUACAAUAAGAGAAUAUGCCAGUGUUAGAAGCGACAUACGAAUUAAAAAAUUGUAGUGUAUUUAUUUAUUGUAGGAAUUUUAUUAAUAUACGUAUAAAUAAUGA